AUGAAUCUCAAAGUAGAUCCCAAUGUAGACAAAGGAGUGCCAUAUCUGUUGGGAUCGGGUAUUAUAUGGGAUGAGAGGGGAUAUGUGUUGACACAUCCCAGUGUUGUCAACAGAUUCAACCGAUUUCUCGUACGUCUGGGCGAUGGCCAGGAAGUGAUGGCCCGUUUCUGGUACACCAACGACGCCAUUGAGAUAUCUGUCAUCAAAUUGGACGGCAAUCGCAACGACUGGCCGAUGAUAUCGACGGGCGAUUCAAAGAGCGUGGACUUUGGCGAUCGGGUGCUGGUGGUGGGCAACCCUCGGCCCGGUAUACGUAAUCAUCUGACCCACGGCUGUGUCACUCAUACCCGGAGGAAGGGAUCCGAGAUUGAGGGCAUUCAUACGAAAGGCAUUGUAAUGAAAUCCAUUAGUUAUAUCCAACACAUGGCGGAUGUGAUGGCACAGGACGUGGGCAGCGCUCUGGUCGAUGCCGAGGGCGAUGUGAUCGGACUAAACGUCAAGCAUUUCGCUCUGAAUGUGAACGUGGCCAUUCCCAUUCACAUGGUUGAAACCUUUUUCAAGAAGUUUACGAGCGUUGAAAGUGGGCCAACACUGGGCGCCGAACUCUAUUGGCUAACCCCUGAACUGAGACAGUGGUUGAAACAGUAUCGACAGGUGCCCGAC